AUGACGCAGGUGGGAACAACCAAGAUGACUCAGGGUGACGCAGGUGGGAACAAGCAGGGUGACAGAGGUGGGAACAAGCAGGAUGACGCAGGUGGGAACAAGCUGGGCGACGCAGGUGGGAACAAUCAGGGUGAUGCAGGUGGGAACAAGCAGGAUGACGCAGGUGGGAACAAGCUGGGCGACGCAGGUGGGAACAAGGAAGAUGACGCAGGUGGGAACAAGGAAGAUGAUGCAGGUGGGAAGGAGCAUGACGCAGGUGGGAACAACCAAGAUGACUCAGGUGGGAACAAGCAGGGUGACGCAGGUGGGAACAAGCAGAAUGACAGAGGUGGGAACAAGCUGGGCGACGCAGGUGGGAACAAUCAGGGUGAUGCAGGUGGGAACAAGCAGGAUGACGCAGGUGGGAACAAGCAGGAUGACGCAGGUGGGAACAAGCUGGGCGACGCAGGUGGGAACAAUCAGGGUGAUGCAGGUGGGAACAAGCAGGAUGACGCAGGUGGGAACAAGCUGGGCGACGCAGGUGGGGACAAGCAAGGCUUGAGAACAAGCAGGAUGACGCAGGAGGGAAAACGCCAGUGGCAAAAAGCCAGUGAUGGAAGUGGGAACAAGGAGCAUGACGCAGCAGGGAACAAGGAAGGUGACGCAGGUGGGAACAAGCAGAAUUAUGCAGGUGGGAACAAGCAGGAUGACGCAGGUGGGGACAAGCAGGAUCACGCAGGUGGGAACAAGCAGGAUGACGGAGGUGGGAACAAGCGGGAUGACGCAAGUGUGAUCAAGCAGGAUGACGCAGGUGGGAACAAGGAAAAUGACGCAGGUGGGAACAAGGAAAAUGACUUAGGUGGGGACAAGCAGGAUGACGCAGGUGGGAACCAGGAGGAUAAUGCAGGUGGGAACAAGCUGGGUGACACAGGUGGGAACAAGCAGGAUGAGGGAGGUGGGAACAAGAAUGAUGACGCAGGUGGGAACAAGCAGGAUUAUGCAGGUGGGAACAAGAACGAUGACGCAGGGGGGAACAAGCAGGAUUAUGCAGGUGGGAACAACAGGAUGACAAAGGUGGGAACAAGCACGAUGACGCAGGUGGGAACAAGCGGGAUGACGCAGGUGGGAACAAGAAUGAUGGCGCAGGUGGGAACAAGGAAGAUGAUGCAGGUGGGAACAAGCAGGAUUAUGCAGGUGGUAACAACAAAUGAUGACGCAGGUGGGAACAAGGAAGAUGACGCAGGUGGGAACCAGGAAGAUGACGCAGGUGGGAACAAGCGGGAUGACGCAGGUGAGAACAAACAGGAUGACAAAGGUGGGAACAAGCAGGAUGACGGAGGUGGGAACAAGCAGGAUUAUGUAGGAGGGAACAAGCCAGUGAUGAAAGUAGGAACAAGAAGGAUGACGCAAGUGGGAACAAGAAUGAUGACGCAGGUGGGAAUAAGCAAAAUUACACAGGUGGGAACAAGCAAGGCUUGGGAACAAGCAGUGUGA